AUGCAGGGUGAAGAGUUCACGUUUUUACAGGUGCGUAUAGCUGCAAAAUUCAUCACUCAUGCACCCCCUGGAGAAUUUAAUGAAGUAUUCAAUGAUGUCCGGUUAUUGCUGAACAAUGACAAUCUUCUCAGGGAAGGAGCAGCACAUGCAUUUGCACAGUAUAACAUGGAUCAGUUCACUCCGGUGAAGAUAGAAGGGUAUGAUGACCAGGUGUUAAUCACAGAACAUGGUGAUCUGGGCAAUGGCAGAUUUUUAGACCCAAGAAACAAACUUUCUUUUAAGUUUGAUCAUUUAAGGAAAGAAGCAAGCGACCCCCAGCCUGAGGACACAGAAUCAGCUUUAAAACAGUGGAGAGAUGCCUGUGACAGUGCAUUGAGAGCUUACGUGAAAGAUCAUUACCCCAAUGGCUUCUGCACUGUUUAUGGUAAAUCUAUAGAUGGGCAGCAGACAAUUAUUGCCUGUAUUGAGAGCCACCAGUUCCAGCCCAAAAACUUCUGGAAUGGUCGUUGGAGAUCAGAAUGGAAGUUUACCAUCACACCACCAACAGCUCAGGUGGCUGCAGUGCUGAAGAUCCAGGUUCAUUAUUACGAAGAUGGCAAUGUUCAGCUGGUUAGUCAUAAAGAUAUUCAGGACUCUGUGCAGGUUUCAAGUGAUGUCCAGACAGCUAAGGAAUUUAUUAAGAUAAUAGAAAAUGCAGAAAAUGAGUACCAGACAGCGAUCAGCGAGAACUACCAGACUAUGUCAGACACCACUUUCAAAGCCUUGCGCCGGCAGCUACCCGUCACCCGCACCAAGAUCGACUGGAACAAAAUCCUCAGCUACAAGAUCGGCAAAGAAAUGCAGAAUGCUUAAUAUGGAAAUAAGGAGAUUUAUGAAAUGUUUGUGUGCAAAAUACAAAUGUGGUCCUAUGCCAAGUAGAUGGUUUCUAAACCAGUGCAGCGUUUUUCUAGGGCUUUCAAAGUUAACAGGUUUUCUAGCCUCAGAGAGAACUGUGGAACAAAUAAUGUUGUCUUUGUGUUUUGUGUUUCCUGCCGCAUAAACUUCCUGUUGUGACUGCAUUUACUGAUCGGUCUUUUUAAUUAAGACACAUUCGUGGUUCAGAAGUGUAGCUGGUUUCAGUCACUAAUUGUGCUGGUUGGAAAACUUCCUAGCUGGAAAAGCCCUGUUACAAACACAGCUGAGGGUGCAGAGCAUUCCCUUCACCCGUGCCCAGCACUCCCGGUACUCCGGUCAGCUCAGCGAUCUGCGGGCGGCUCAAGGCGCUAUGCUGCAGGAUAGAAUAAACGCAGGCAAGUCCUCGUCUCUCCUCACGACUGACCUCCACAAAACAAAAAGUCUGCAGGCUUAGAUUUUACUGUAUAAAAUGGGUUUACACGAUCC